AUGGAGCGUGAUCACAUUGCCUUGACAACUAAUGAAAAAAUCAUGGUUAUGUCAAUUUACAAUUACUUUCAAAAAAGUAUACAUUACCAAAAUACUAAUCUUCACAAGGAAGUUGUCUUGGUAACAGGAAUUGUACAAAAAUACUGGGAAGCAAUUGAAGUUGAAAUUAAUGACAAAAGUAAUGAUGAUUACAAUGAAGACCUAGAUACUUCAGAAUCAGAUUUAGACUAA